AUGGCUGUGAAGGGCUUAGACCUGAGUCGGUUCAAUCCCUCGUCUGGGCACGCCAUCCCUGAACAAAAUCAAGGUUCUGUCAAGAUCAACAGUGACAUCUUGUGGUACCCCUUGGCUUCGGUUCCGUUUUCCCAGCCCACAGCCCGGGACGCUCAUCGGCAGAAAGCCGAGCCCCCUCCCCAGCCCACCCACUCAGAGAAGAAGGAAGGUGCAUCGGAGGGGACGACAGUCUCACAGCUGCCAUCAGAGCUGAGUCACAACCCAGGCCAGCCCACCCUCCCCGCCACGCUCGUCACUGAACGCAGUGAUGGGGGCCUGGAAGCCACCCCUGAGCUGGGUGCGCUCCAGCUGGCAUUCAGCAGGGUCCUCCUCAUCCAGCUCCGCCCCAGUUGUGUCUGA